AUGGACUCCAUGUACAUGAGAAGCCCAACUACCCCGACAGCGCGGAAGGUACCCGCAACGCCGACGCCUUCCAAAGCGCGUGCAACCACAAGCAGUCAGAAGCGCAAGACGAAGGCGCAAUCUGAGUCCUCUCCGACCCCGGGACAGAAGCGCAAGAUGAAGAAUGAAGUGGGUCAAGAAAUGAACCAAUAUCUGAAGAUACUGACAAACUGGAAGGUAUCACCAAAGAAUGCUACACCAAAGGGCAAGGGCGCUGGAGCUCGCAGCCAGCCUGGCAAGAAACAGAAGGUGGCCUACAAGGAGAACGAAAGCAAAGAAGCCGACGUCGUCAAAAGCUGCGACCUCGACACAUACGCAUACGUUCUCUGGGACUGGUGUCUGAGAAACAAGAACGGGCAGCUGCAUGCAUACGCCAACCGGUACGGCGCUAUGAUUGCCGAGCACAAACUUCGAAUUCUGGCGUGCCUGAAUUUGCUGCCUAGCUGGUUCUUCCUUCGCUCCCAAAUUUUAACUUGGCUGCAGAACCAGGGCUGGACCAUUGAUGACUCUGACAUGCAUGCUCAGGCCGCAGAUGUGACACCGCAUAUUCAGGAGAUCAUUUCGAGGCAGCAUCGGAGCGCGAUACUUGCCCAACAGAACCAGAGAAACCAACAGAGUCAGGAGGCUCAGGAGGCUCAGCAGGGUAUGGGAAACUAA